CUCUGUCUGCAGCCAGGAUGUCCAUCGUCAAGAUCCACGCUCGUGAGAUCCUCGACUCCAGAGGAAACCCUACAGUGGAGGUCGACCUUUACACGGAGAAAGGUCGGUUCAGGGCUGCGGUCCCCAGCGGAGCCUCCACAGGUGUUCAUGAGGCUCUGGAGCUGAGAGACGGAGACAAAACUCGCUUCCUGGGCAAAGGUGUGACUAAAGCUGUUGAUCAUGUGAACAAGGACAUCGCUCCCAAGCUGCUGGAGAAAAAGCUGAGUGUUGUUGACCAGGAGAAGAUCGAUAAGCUCAUGCUGGAACUCGAUGCCACUGAGAACAAAUCUAAAUUCGGUGCUAAUGCUAUCCUGGGUGUGUCUCUGGCGGUGUGUAAGGCUGGUGCGGCGGAGAAAGGUGUUCCUCUGUUCCGCCACAUCGCUGACCUCGCCGGCCACGCUGACGUCAUUCUGCCCGUUCCUGCGUUUAACGUGAUUAACGGUGGCUCUCACGCUGGGAAUAAACUGGCCAUGCAGGAGUUUAUGAUUCUCCCCGUCGGGGCGGCGAACUUCCGCGAGGCCAUGCGCAUUGGUGCUGAGGUUUAUCACAACCUGAAGGGCGUCAUCAAGGGCAAAUACGGAAAAGACGCCACCAACGUAGGGGACGAGGGCGGCUUCGCCCCCAACAUCCUGGAGAACAACGAGGCUCUGGAGCUGCUGAAGUCAGCCAUUGAGAAAGCCGGCUACGCUGAUAAGAUCGUCAUCGGCAUGGACGUCGCUGCCUCUGAGUUCUACAGGAGCGGAAAAUACGACCUGGACUUCAAAUCCCCUGACGAUCCCAAACGCCACAUCACCGGAGACCAGCUUGCAGAUCUGUACAAGAGCUUCAUCAAGAAUUACCCGGUCCUGUCCAUUGAGGACCCCUUUGACCAGGACGACUGGGAAAACUGGACGAAGUUCACCAGCUCUGUGGACAUCCAGAUCGUAGGGGACGACCUGACAGUGACGAACCCCAAACGCAUUCAGCAGGCUGUGGAGAAGAAAGCCUGCAACUGCCUGCUGCUCAAAGUUAACCAGAUCGGCUCAGUCACUGAGUCCAUUCAGGCAUGCAAACUGGCUCAGAAGAAUGGAUGGGGUGUGAUGGUCAGCCAUCGCUCUGGAGAGACUGAAGACACCUUCAUCGCUGAUCUGGUGGUUGGACUCUGCACAGGACAGAUUAAGACCGGUGCCCCCUGUAGGUCAGAACGUUUGGCCAAAUACAACCAGCUGAUGAGAAUCGAGGAGCAGUUGGGAGACAAAGCCAAGUUUGCAGGGAAGGAUUUCCGUCAUCCCAAAGUGAACUGAGCUGCGAGGAGCCGAGUCGCCAUGUGUCCUGAACACUCGCAUUAAACACUCGCGUUAAACACCUGCAUUAAACACUCGCAUUAAACACUCGCAUUAAACACCUGCAUUAAACACUCGCAUUAAACACUCGCAUUAAACACCUGCAUUAAACACUCGCAUUAAACACCUGCAUUAAACACCUGCAUUAAACACCUGCAUUAAACACCUGCAUUAAACACCUGCAUUAAACACUCGCAUUAAACACUCGCGUUAAACACCUGCAUUAAACACCUGCAUUAAACACUCGCAUUAAACACCUGCAUUAAACACUCGCAUUAAACACUCGCAUUAAACACCUGCAUUAAACACCUGCAUUAAACACCUGCAUUAAACACCUGCAUUAAACACUCUCAUUAAAGGCUCACAUUAAACACUCGCAUUAAACACCUGCAUUAAACACUCGCAUUAAACACUCGCAUUAAACACCUGCUUUAAACACUCGUUUUUAUUAAAGACUUUUUAUACUGAGGCUCAGUUGAAGUCCUGCAGUUACACACAUUUUAGCAGAAGUUCAAAGACAUGAAAAUUAAUAAAGACUUUUCCUGAACAAA